AUGCUGAAGAAAUUACAGCUAAACAACAGGACUAAAGUUCGUCUUUUCCGCAUUGAUGACGGAGUCAGCUGCCAACCAUUCAAUUUGGGAAACAAAGUUGCAAAUUACAUGGGCUGGACCCAGAAGACAAGAGUUCAGGUGAUCUCCCAGGGGAAGGCCCAGGUCCUGGAGGAGCACAGGGGAGGCUCCCCGCGCUGGUACCGGGACCACACUGCCUGGGGCUGGGCGUCCGGGCAACCCCACCCGCUGACUUGGAGACCCUCGGCAGCGGCUGUGCGCGCCGGAGGUAUGGCCGCGGGGGCGACGCCGGGGCUGGAGGUGCCCCCGCAGCACGAGCAAUUGGUGACCCUGUUCCAGAUGUGGUUUGUCCCUUAGUAUUUCAAGAUAAAACUUUACUGGUGGUGGUUUCUGUCUAUGUGGGGAAUGUUCUCAGUUAUUACCAGCUACAUCCUCUUCAGCGCUACCCGAAAACCCCUCUCAGGGAGAACACCACAAUUGGUCUACAAAUGGUUUCUUCUCAUCUACAAAGUCAGCUGUGCAUUUGGUGCUGUGGGUUAUUUGGCUAUCAUGUUUACAAUGUGUGGAUUCAAUUUAUUUUUCAAAAUCAAGGCUAGAGAUUCCAUGGAUUUGGGCAUCGUGCCCUUGUUCUAUGGUCUCUACUAUGGAGUAAUGGGGAGAGACUUUGCAGAGAUCUGCUCAGAUUACAUGGCUUCUACUAUAGGGGAAUUCUACAGAGUCAGUGGGAGGCCCACCAGGAACUUGUCAGACAACAUCUGUGCCGUCUGUGGGCAGCAGAUCGUCGUGGUGCUCAGUGAAGAGGGACUCAUUGAAAACACCUACCAGCUUUCGUGCAAGCACGUCUUUCAUGAAUUCUGCAUCCGAGGUUGGUGUAUUGUUGGUAAAAAGCAGACAUGCCCUUACUGCAAAGAGGUCGAUUUGAAGAGGAUGAUCAAUAACCUCUGGAAGCUCCUCCACACACACUUUUUAUAUGGACAAAUCCUGGACUGGCUUCGUUAUCUGGUGGCCUGGCAACCCAUGGUGAUAGGAAUCGUCCAAGGCAUUAAUUAUUCACUAGGGGUGGAAUAGCAUGGCACACCUACCCCAGAAGCAAUGUAUUCCAUGUUGAAAUAUUUUCUAAUCCUUAAUCCUACAUUUAAGAUUGAUAUUCUUUUCUAAUUUUAGAGAUGACCCCAAGAAUUUAGAGAACUGAAUAACAACUGGCACUUUGUCUGUGUGGAAAGAAUUUAAAGAGAAGCUGAGCAAUGGAAUAAACAAAUAAAGCAUGCUUUGCAUCCUUCCGAUUACAAUCAGUUUCUAAUCAUCGCAUCUGACACAUUUGGUACAACCCACUGUGGACAUCCCACCUCUACUUUGGCUUACAGUGAUCUCAUCAGAGGCGUGUUUCAGAGGUUUGUGAAGUACUCCUCACGUACAACGUUGAGUUACAACAAAUACCUUCUUAUCAGUUCAACAUCUUCAAAGAAGUAGGCAGAGUUGUUAAAUCUAUGCUUUAAGGACAGAGUCUUUUCUGUUCUUUGUGCUUGUUACCACGUGGCAGCUUUGGCACCACAGAGCCCUUCUGUGUAGAGAUCACUCCUGAAGCCUCUAGCACCAGUGUGUUGCAGCCCACUCAGUGGGCCAGAGCUACGCUGGGUCUCCUGGGGCUGCCCCAUGCACUCAGCCCACCCAAGGGCUGCACUAAAGGGAAGAGAAGCACUCUCUUCUUCUGUGCCACUCUGUUCACACACACACACACACACACACACACACACACACACACACAUUCCACCUCUCCAAUGUCACCUGGAAUCCUCCAGCCAUGCCAAACUGCUUUCAUUUUCUCAGUGCACUAUGACCUCCCCUGCCUCAGGACGUUUGUAUGUGCUAUUCCUCUGCCUGGAAUACUCCCUUCAACCUACCUUCCAGUACUGAUCACAAAGACCUGGGUCCUUUUCAUUUU